AUGGGCAGAGUAAUAACUUUUCUAAUUUCUGAUGUUAAUCUAAACUUGAGAUAUUUAGUAUUUCAGAAAGACAAAGAACAGGGUCCCGACAUAUUUGAUAUUCCUCAUUAUAAAAUGCUGCAAAAGUACUUGCAAGUUUUGGGACAAGAUCCACAUCAAAGAGACGAAGUCAGGAAUGUUAUCGUAACUAUAGUGGUGAUUAGUAUUGUAGGCAUUGUUGUUCCAUCGUCGUUAGAAUUUUAUACAUCGUUAUGUGACAAGAAUAUGGACGCAGUAAUCGAGUGCCUACCACAUUUAAUCGCGGCUGUUACCAGUCUUGUUAAGAUAUUAAACGUCCACCUUAAUAGGGAAAAUUUUAAAAAAAUAUUUAUAUUUGUGACAAAAGAGUGGAAGGAAUUGAAGUUAAAUAACGAAUUACAUAUCCUGGAAGAAAUCGCUUCGCAAGGCAGCAAAAUGGCGUUAAUAUAUCGAAACACUCUAUUGUCCUUUACGGUACUGUUCGUGUUGGUUCCACUUUUUUUUCCUAUCCUGGACGUUGUUUAUCCACUGAAUGAAACGCGACAGCGACAACAAUUCCUUAAAGUUAAUUACAUUUUCUUUGAUGAUAAAGACUACUUUUUUUACGUAUAUAUCCAAUUGACUUGGGGGGCAGUCAUUACUGUAUUAGGGAUAGUUACCGUUGAUUCGUUAUACAUCCUUAUAAUUCACCACAGUAGCGGAUUGUUCGCAGUGUGUAGUCAUCGAGUCCAGAAGGCAACAAGAGAUACCGACUUAAUCACUGGGGAACCCAUUUCGGAGAGUUACACGCACGAACAGUGCCGAAAUUGCAUUAUAUUCCAUCAUGAAGCCAUUCAGUUCUACGAUAUUCUAAAUGAAAGCAGUCAAAGUAGUUACUUAGCUCAGGUUGGAUUAAAUAUGAUGGGAAUAAGCGUGACGGCAGUUCAAACUGUCGCAAAUUUAGAUAAACCAGACGAAGCAUUUAGAACUGGAGUAUUCCUUGGUGCUGAACAGUUCCAUUUAUUUGUGAUCAGUUUACCAGGCCAGGUGCUGCUAGAUUAUUGUAGCAUGCUUGCAGAUGAUAUAUACGGUUCUAUGUGGUACAGAAUACCAGUAAAAAUUCAAAAAAUGCUUUAUACGAUGCAAAUAAGGAGUAAAAAACCUUGUGCACUAACGGCAGGUGGCUUAUACCAAAUGAAUAUGGAAAAUUUUGGGAUAACCUUCAAAACCUGCAUGUCGUACUUCACGAUGUUAAUGUCACUAAAGGAAUGA